AUGGCGGAGCUGCAGAUGCUGCUGGAGGAGGAGAUCCCGGGGGGGCGCCGGGCCCUGUUCGACAGCUACACGAACCUCGAGCGGGUGGCCGAGUACUGCGAGACCAACUACAUCCAGUCAGCAGAUAAGCAGCGAGCCCUGGAAGAAACCAAAGCCUAUACAACCCAGUCAUUAGCAAGCGUAGCCUAUCUGAUCAACACUUUGGCGAACAAUGUUCUCCAAAUGCUGGAUAUCCAGGCAUCCCAACUUCGACGCAUGGAAUCUUCAAUCAACCAUAUUUCACAAACGGUGGACAUUCACAAAGAGAAAGUUGCUAGAAGAGAAAUUGGUAUCUUGACUACAAACAAAAACACCUCAAGAACUCACAAAAUCAUUGCACCAGCUAACUUGGAGCGACCAGUUCGCUACAUCAGGAAACCUAUUGAUUAUACAAUUCUAGAUGAUAUUGGACAUGGAGUGAAGUGGUUGCUUAGAUUUAAGGUCAGCACACAGAAUAUGAAGAUGGGUGGGCUGCCUCGUACAACACCACCCACCCAGAAGCCACCAAGUCCACCGAUGUCGGGAAAAGGAACUAUUGGGCGUCACUCCCCCUAUCGUACGCUGGAGCCAGUACGUCCUCCGGUGGUACCAAAUGACUACGUGCCUAGCCCAACACGCAAUAUGGCUCCCUCACAACAGAGCCCUGUUAGAACAGCUUCUGUGAAUCAGAGGAAUCGCACAUACAGCAGCAGUGGAAGUAGUGGAGGAAGCCACCCCAGCAGUCGGAGCAGCAGUCGAGAAAACAGUGGAAGUGGAAGUGUGGGUGUUCCUAUUGCUGUUCCCACACCAUCUCCUCCCAGUGUCUAUCCAGCCCCUGCUGGCUCGGCUGGCACUUCUCCCCUUCCUGCUACCUCUGCUCCUGCCCCCACUCCUGCUCCUGCCCCUUCCUCUGCUGCCCCAGAUGCUGCUGCUGCUGCUGCAGGAGCUCAGCCCCUUGCUGAUGGCUUCACCUCUCCAACUCCCCCUGCUGUCUCUUCCACACCCUCUGCAGGUCACCCAGUUCAGUUCUACAGCAUGAACAGGCCUGCAUCUCGACACACGCCCCCAACAAUAGGGGGAUCUUUGCCAUAUCGGCGUCCUCCUUCGAUCACAUCACAGGCAAGCCUUCAGAACCAGAUGAAUGGAGGACCAUUUUAUAACCAGAAUCCAGCAUCCCUUGCUCCUCCUCCCCCCUCCAUCCUACAGGUAACUCCACAGUUACCACUAAUGGGAUUUGUGGCCAGAGUUCAAGAAAACAUUUCAGAUACUCCUCCCCCACCACCGCCUGUGGAUGAGCCAGUGUUCGAUGAAUCUCCACCUCCACCCCCACCUCCAGAGGAUUAUGAGGAGGAGGAAGCAGCUGUGGUGGAGUACAGUGAUCCAUAUGCUGAGGAGGACCCUCCUUGGGCACCAAGGACAUACUUAGAAAAGGUGGUGGCGAUCUAUGACUACACAAAGGACAAAGAAGAUGAGCUCUCAUUUCAGGAAGGUGCCAUCAUUUAUGUCAUCAAGAAAAAUGAUGACGGCUGGUAUGAGGGGGUCAUGAAUGGAGUGACGGGGCUCUUCCCAGGGAACUAUGUGGAGUCGAUUAUGCAUUACUCGGAGUGAAGACUAGAGGACAGAACACUGCAUCUCCUGCUGCAGGAGUUGUCAGGGCUUCCCAG